AGGCGAGCCCCCCCCCGCCGGUCCCUCCCUCCGUCGCCGAAGGGGAGCCAGGAGAGGCGGAGGCGGAGGAGGCCCGGCAGGGAGGCGGCGGCGGCGGCGCCUGCGCAGAGAGGACCCGGCCGGCGGCGGGCGUCGCGUGGGAAGCGGCUGACACGUGGAGGCCGCAGGUGGCGCAGGUCCACUGGUGUCUGAUCCCGUCACGCUGAACAUGGAGAAUGAGGAAAAGCUGGUCAACAAAGGCGAGGAAGAUGAGAUGAAGAUCUAUGGCUACACGUUUUGCCGGUGGAAGAUGGUCCUGGUGGCUGUGGGGGUGCUGUGCACGGGCGGCUUCCUCCUCCUCCUCCUCUACUGGAUGCCUCAGUGGCGGGUGAAGGCGACGUGCAGGAGGACUUCCCUCCGAGGCAGCAAAGUGGUUCUGCUGCGGACAACAGAUGAAUUCCAGACAUGGUUUUGUGCAAAGGUUCGCAUUGUGCUUUCUUUGGGGCCCAAUCUGUUGCAGACUCCAAAAUAUGCAUUGGAGAAGAUGACAAAUGGCUGCAGUGGUCAUUUGGACAUCAACCUGGCUGAAGAGGGCGAAAAUGAUUUGAACAGACGAUCCCAGGCUCACCUACAGGAGAUCCGUUAUUUCACCCACCACAGCGUGAAGUAUUUCUGGAAUGACGCCAUGCAGAACUUCAGCUCCAUAAAGGGUCUGGAUGACUCCACUUCCUGUUCGUCAAUCCAUAAUGAACACAGCGCAGGGCUGACCAAGGGGAUGCGAGAUUACAGAAAAUUAUUCUACGGAGUAAAUGAAAUUGCCGUGAAAGUGCCUUCCGUUUUUAAACUUUUGAUUAAGGAGGUCCUCAACCCUUUUUACAUUUUCCAGCUGUUCAGUGUGAUCUUGUGGAGCACAGAUGAAUAUUACUACUAUGCAGCAGCCAUUGUGAUAAUGUCUCUGAUCUCUGUUGUUAGCUCACUGUAUACCAUCCGGAAGCAAUACAUGAUGCUUCAUGACUUGGUAGCUGCUCACAGCGUCAUCCGGGUGUCGGUCAGCAGAGCAAACCAAGGCGUGGAGGAGAUCCUUUCCACGGAGCUGGUGCCUGGGGACGUCAUUGUGGUCCCUCUGAACGGGAUGAUCAUGCCUUGCGAUGCGGUGCUCCUCAGCGGGACCUGCAUCGUGAACGAGAGCAUGCUGACAGGCGAAAGCGUUCCCGUCACAAAGACCAACCUGCCAAACCCGACUCAGGAGCCCAAGGGGGGCCUGGCGGACGAGGUGUACAGUCCCGAGGGGCACCGGAGGCACACCUUGUUCUGCGGCACGACCGUCAUCCAGACCCGCUUCUACACCGGGGAGCUGGUCAAAGCCAUCGUGGUCAGGACAGGCUUCAGUACUUCUAAAGGGCAGCUGGUCCGCUCCAUCUUGUACCCGAAGCCCACGGAUUUCAAGCUCUACCGAGAUGCCUACAUGUUCCUGCUCUGCCUGGUGGGGGUGGCAGGGGUCGGCUUCCUCUACACCAUUGUCAUCAGCAUUCUCCACAAGGUCUCAGCCGACAUCAUCAUCAUCGAGUCUCUGGACAUCAUCACCAUCACGGUGCCGCCCGCUCUUCCUGCCGCCAUGACGGCGGGGAUCGUUUAUGCACAACGGCGGCUGAGGAAGAUUGGCAUCUUCUGCAUCAGUCCUCAGAGGAUCAACAUUUGCGGCCAGCUGAACCUCGUGUGCUUUGACAAGACAGGCACCCUUACCGAAGACGGCCUGGAUCUCUGGGGAAUCCAGAGGGUUGAAAACGCUCGUUUCCUCUUGCCAGAGCAAAGCGCUUGCAGCGAGAGCCUCGUCAAGUCGCCUUUCAUUGCCUGCAUGGCAACCUGUCACUCCCUGACCAAAAUCGAUGGAGUCCUUUCAGGAGAUCCGCUUGACUUGAAGAUGUUUGAAGCCACUGGAUGGAUUCUCGAAGAAGCGACGGAGGAGGAAACCGCCCUCCACAACCGCAUCAUGCCCACCGUGGUCCAGCCACCCAAGCAGCUUCUUCCCGACCCAAAGCCGGCAGCUGACAAGGAAAUGGAGCUCUUUGAACUUUCGGCCAGUUACGAGAUUGGCAUCGUGCGGCAGUUUCCCUUUUCCUCCGCUCUGCAACGGAUGUGCGUGGUGGCCAGAGCCCUCGGGCAGAAGAGGAUGGAUGCCUAUGCCAAAGGGGCUCCGGAGGUGGUUGCCGGACUGUGCAAGCAAGAGACAGUGCCCGUGGAUUUUGAGAGGGUGUUGGAGGAGUACACCAGGCAGGGCUUCCGUGUCAUUGCCCUUGCUCACAGGAGGCUGGAGUCCAAACUGACCUGGCACAAAGUCCAGAAUGUCGCCCGAGAUGCCAUUGAGGGCAACAUGGAUUUCCUGGGUUUAAUUGUCAUGCAGAAUAAGCUCAAGCAAGAAACCCCAGCUGUGCUUGAAGUUCUGCACAAAGCCAAUAUCCGCACAGUCAUGGUGACAGGUGACAACAUGCUGACUGCCAUCUCUGUGGCCAGGGACUGUGGGAUGAUUCUACCUCAAGAAAAGGUGAUCAUUGCUGAAGCCCUGCCCCCGAAGGAUGGCCAGACCGCCAGGAUCAACUGGCAUUAUGCAGAUGCCCUCGCCAAAGGCACCGAUUCCCCACCAGCCAUUAACUCAGAGGAUAUCCCCGUCAAAUUGCCCCCCGAGAGACUCGAGGACUCCCACGUGACCAAGUACCACUUUGCGAUGAACGGAAAGUCCUUUGCUGUCAUCCAGGAGCAUUUCCAGGACCUCGUCCCAAAGCUUGUGUUGCAUGGCACAGUGUUUGCCCGUAUGGCACCGGACCAGAAAACCCAGCUGGUGGAGGCUUUGCAAAACGUAGAUUACUACGUGGGCAUGUGUGGCGACGGGGCAAACGACUGCGGGGCACUGAAGAGGGCACACGGUGGCAUUUCCCUCUCGGAGCUGGAGGCCUCUGUGGCGUCUCCCUUCACCUCCCGGACACCCAGCAUCUCCUGUGUGCCAAGUCUGAUCAGGGAAGGCCGGGCUGCUUUAAUAACCUCCUUCUGUGUGUUCAAAUUCAUGGCUUUGUACAGUAUUAUCCAGUACGUCAGUGUCACCCUGCUGUAUUCUAUCCAGAGCAACCUGGGAGAUUUCCAGUUCCUCUUCAUUGAUCUCGCAAUAAUUCUGGUGGUGGUCUUCACCAUGAGCCUGAAUCCUGCCUGGAAGGAGCUUGUGGCACAGAGGCCGCCCUCCGGCCUCAUCUCGGCUCCCCUCCUCUGCUCCGUCCUCUCCCAGAUCCUCAUCUGCCUUGGCUUCCAGACACUGGGCUUCCUGUGGGCCAGGCAGCAGCCCUGGUAUGAGACCUGGACCCCUCACUCAGACGCCUGCAAUGUUUCUAGGGGUCCCUUUGCCAACGCCUCGCAGCACAAGAACAAGACCCUCCACGACGAGCACAACAUCAGGAACUACGAGAACACGACGGUCUUCUUCAUCUCCAGCUUCCAGUACCUCAUUGUGGCUGUGGCCUUUUCCAAAGGGAGGCCCUUCAGGCAGCCUUGCUACAAAAACUAUCUCUUCGUUAUCUCUGUGAUCGUUCUGUAUGCCUUCGUCCUUUUCGUCCUGCUGCAUCCCCUGCAGCCCAUCGACUGGUUCCUUGAGCUGGUCUGCGUGCCGUAUCCGUGGCGAGUCCGGAUUCUCCUCAUCGUUGUCGUCAACGCCUUUGUCUCCCUUCUGGUGGAGAAUUUCCUCCUUGACACCAUCCUUUGGAAAGUUGUCUUCCACCGAGACAAGCAAGGGGAAAACCGCCUAGGCUCCUCCUCCUCCUCCUCUUCUUCCUUCUCCUCUUCCUCCCACCCAUCACAGGAGGCCUUGGGGUGCUGCCGCGGCUGCGCCCUCCCCUCGCUGCUGGGCUUCCGGAAGAGGAAGAAGCCCCCGAAAGCCAAAUACGUUCACUUGGCCCAGGAGCUGCUGGUGGACCCCGAGUGGCCGCCCAGGCCCUGCACCACGACGGAGGCCAAGGCCCCCCCUGCCCACCAGAACGGCGCCUGCCAGGUCAUCACCGUCACGUAGCAGCAGCCUGGCUGCUUGCC